UAACUUAUAUAACUGUUAAGCUUUUGGCUGAUUAAAAUCAUCAGAUUUAGAUGUUUAAAAGCUGAACAAAGGUUAACGUGAUUUAAGUACAACAAUUAUUCAAACUAAGGCUGAAUUAAAAUCGAUUGAACAACACUUGUUAAGCAUCAAAUUGUUACCUGGGCGUUGCGUCACAACACACUCCAGCCCAUUUAAGAGCAUCGAAAAUGAACAAUCAAAUUAACUACCAUCACUGGCAACGCUGCAUCAAUCGAGUGACCAGCCGGAAUCACCCACCUUAACAACGUGCGUCACUCAUACGCACUCAAGCAACCGCGAUGUGGCUCUCUUUUUGUUUACACUACAUCUCCAAACUGAGCUUGCUGCAUGUGUAAUAAAUUUUCCCCAUGUCGAUUCAGCCGCGAAGAGCGACUAUCGUCUCCCAUGUAUUAGAAGCGGCAGCGGCGGAAGCGGCGACGGCGCAAUAUGUGCACUUCUCACACCCGUUCCGCUGUUUUCCGCUUUGCCCUCAGUCUUGUCUAGUGAGGCUCGGGUCGGGACGUGCAGACCGAUUCGCGAGAGCGCCUGCCAGCAUUCUUCCGUCAACACGCGUUCGGUUCGGACCUUUAUCGCGGUUCCUCCGGCUACCAGGGACAGCAGCCCGCCUGGCUCCUAGAGAACAUAGAAGAGAGAAUUCGUGUUGGAGUUGUGUGCACGUUGUAAAGGAAAACGGAGCGGGACUUAUUUUUAGUGCCCAUUCACAAGCAGUGCUUUAGAAGGAAGAUACAAAAUGUUGGGCAACGACUGUGACGUACGCAUUUGCUGACUAUUUUAGGUGCCUUUUUUUUUAGUGAUCGUCGGUUGCCCUAGAAAAGACUUGAACCGAUACUAGACAGAGGCAGAAGAGGACAAGUGCGUGUGCAGUUAAGAAAACCGAAACUGACGAACGGGUGCGGUGGCAAAAGUUGUGUGACGGCAAACAUUCAAAGCAAGAGUGUGCGCAUCUGUGACGGAACGUGAACCAAUCGAUAUUUCGAAAAAAUGGGAUACGACGAGGUGCUAACGCAUCUGGGCGGCUUCGGCCGGUACCAGAAGAAAAUCUACGUCCUACUAUGCCUGCCGGCAAUAAGCUGUGCAUUUCAUAAGCUGGCCGGCGUGUUUCUGCUGGCGACGCCGGAUUACCGGUGCAAAUUGCCGUUCGAGGCGGAUAAUGCCACGUUCGAACUUCCACCGGAUGUGCUAUCGAUGGCCUAUCCGAUGGAGUCAUCCACUGGAAAGUACUCCACGUGCACGUACUUCGAUGCAAAUUUUACCGACGAUUAUCUGAACGGAGGAACACCGGCUAAGGAAGUGGUUAGCUGCAAUAGUUGGAUCUAUGAUCGAUCAAAGUUCGAGAGCAGUGUGGUAACGGAUUGGGACAUAGUGUGUGACCGGAGUUGGCUCCGAGCGUCGGCGGAUUCUCUUUUUAUGGUUGGCGUCAUGUUGGGCAGUAUUGUGUUCGGUUGGCUAUCGGACAAGUACGGACGUAAGCCGAUAUUCUUCGCAUCAUUGGUGGCCCAAUUGAUAUUUGGAGUGCUGGCCGCAAUAGCGCCGGAAUUCUUCACCUAUACGAUAGCGCGAAUGUUGGUUGGAGCUACGACCUCCGGUGUCUUCCUGGUGGCCUACGUCAUAGCUAUGGAAAUGGUUGGACCUAGUGAUCGUCUGUACGCCGGAGUUGUAUGCAUGAUGUUCUUCUCGGUGGGCUAUAUGUUGACGUCGGUAUUCGCUUACUUCAUCAACGACUGGCGUGCGCUGCAGAUUGCCCUGACGUUGCCGGGAAUUCUGUUCCUCAGCUAUUGGUGGUUCAUUCCGGAGUCUUCGCGAUGGCUCAUCUCCAACAAUCGCCCAUCGGAAGCUAUCGCUCUGAUAAAGAAGGUUGCCAAAUCGAACAGGGUUACCGUCCCGGAAGAUGUGCUGGAUAAACUGGUCGAAGAGGACAAAGCCGCUCUGGAAACGGACAAGAAUGAACCCAAACCUUCACUGAUCGAUAUCUUCAAGCACCCAAAUCUACGACAGAAAGCCCUGUUGAUCUUCUUCGAUUGGUUCGUCAAUAGCGGAACCUACUAUGGGCUGUCCUGGAACACCAACAAUCUCGGUGGUAACCAAUUGUUAAACUUUGUCAUCAGUGGAGCCGUGGAAAUUCCUGCCUAUACGUUCCUGUUGUUUACCCUGAAUCGCUGGGGUCGCCGCACUAUCCUGUGCGGUUGUAUGAUCUUCGCCGGUGUAAUGCUGCUAUCUACGAUGUUCGUCCCGAGUGAUCUACCCGUGCUGAUCAUAGUGCUUGCCAUGCUCGGCAAACUAGCCAUCACUUCCAGCUACGGCACGGUGUACGUCUUCUCCGCCGAACAGUUCCCCACCGUCAUCCGGAACGUGGCCCUUGGAGCUGCGUCGACUUCGGCCCGUGUAGGUGGCAUCCUUGCUCCGUACUUCAAUCUUCUGGGAGACUACUGGACGCCGCUUCCUCUGUUGAUCUUCGGUGCGAUGUCAUUUACCGGUGGUCUUCUAUCGCUGCUCUUACCGGAGACACAUAACCAAAAGCUGCCGGAAACGAUUGCCGAUGGGGAAAACUUUGGCAAGGUGAAAGUCGUGCCCGGCGAAGACAGCCGUCGGGAUGUGGAGAACAAGACUGCCGAAGAGAUGCAGGUGCUGAAUGCGGCCACCCUUAAUGGGGACCUUCCGCACUCGACGCUGGUGAAGCGUGCUAAUGAGAAACAAAUCCCGGAGGCGGAGGAGGAGGAAUACGAUGAGAAGUAACGAGUGUGUUAGAAUGACGAGUAUUACGUAUCUCUUAGUAACUGAUAUGUGUGUGUCUGUCUGUGUAUUAGGAAGAUAGUUAGGUGUAGAUUAUUUAUGUAAACUAAAAUUCAAUCAAACGACGAUCAGAUCGCCCCUGUUGAGUGAAGGCAUGAAGCUCCGAGUAUUUGAUUUCCCAUAAAUCUCAAUCGAAGGAAUCUGUCUGAACGACUGGACCGGGGAGAAGGCGGGAAGAGGAGAGGGGAAUUGAGUUUCCCCUUUUCUUGUAGUUUUGAUUGGUUGCCAAGCAUAUCGUACGAUGCUGCUCGGCUGCCAUCAUCUGAUGCCAAAUGAUGGUAGUUGCGAGCGAGCAAGUCAGCAAACAUGCGCUCGGUCGGUCGGUUAGUGACGUUGUUGGAAUAAUAGGUGAGGAGGAAAAUAUGGAACUGAGAAGAGAAGAGUGACCACCGGCCUUCUUUUGAAUUGUUGCUGCAUUCUGGCACGAUAAUUG